CCGAACCCAAGCGGGCCCUGCAGUCCAGUCCCCCGCCCUCACCUCUGCAGAGGGGACCCGGCAGGGGGCGCGGCCCGGGCCGCAGUUGCCAGGGGUUGGACUCGGGGCCCCUCUGGGUCACAGCCCCUCCUCCCGCCCAGGGCGGGGCAGUGCCCGGAGUACUCCCGCACUGCGGGUGAGAGGGACUCGGGGCCGCUGGCCCCCACUGGGCAAAACCGGGGCGGGGACUUGGGGACCUCAGCGGGCCGAAGGGCGCGCACACACGCAGGCGGGGCGGCCACGAGUGGCCCGGGUGCGACCUUCCCGAGGCCGAUCGCCAGGGUCUUCCCUGGAUCGCCGGCGCUGCCCAUGGCCGAGGCGCUAGAGCCGGAGCCCGAGACUGCGGCGGCCCAGGAGGUGGAGACGCCGGACUGGAAGGCCCCGGGGGAUGCAGACGCCCAGCCCGGAAGCUACGAGAUCCGACACUACGGGCCGGCCAAGUGGGUCAGCACCUGCGUGGAGUCCAUGGACUGGGACUCCGCCAUCCAGACCGGGUUCGCCAGGCUGAACAGCUACAUCGAAGGCAAAAACGAGAAAGAGAUGAAAAUAAAGAUGACAGCCCCCGUGGUGAGCUACGUGGAGCCGGGGUCAGGCCCUUUCAGCGCGUCUACCGUUACCAUUUCCCUGUACGUCCCCUCCGAGCAGCAACCGGAUCCGCCCAGGCCCUCAGAGUCGGAUGUCUUCAUUGAAGACAGAGACGAGAUGACCGUGUUUGUACGGUCUUUCGGUGGAUUCUCUAGUGCCCAAAAGAAUCAAGAACAACUUUUGACAUUAGCAAGCAUUUUGAGGGAAGAAGGAAAAGUUUUCGAUGAAAAGGUGUACUACACUGCAGGCUACAACAGCCCUUUCAAUCUGCUUGACAGAAAUAAUGAAGUGUGGUUGAUUCAGAAAAAUGAGCCAUCCAAAGAAAACGAAUGAGAAAAUGAAGCGAAGCAGCAUCGCCAGGGGCUAAACUGUUGAACACAGACAGCAGCACACCUCUAAGUAAAAUGUAGGCCUAGGAUCUUCUCCCUGAGAGUAUGAACGGAGCUUAUUUCCAAUGUGCCUUUUAAUGCUUGAAGCUGUAUUGAGAUACACAGAUGAGAGGGGACAAUCUUUUGUACACAUGGACAUUGGUCAUAACCCUGGUGGUCUUUGGUUCUAUGAGGCUCCAGGGAAAUGUGAAGUUACUGCCCCUUCUUCCCUGUAUCACAAUCAUGUUGCCUUUUUCUACCUGGGUUUGUGUCAGUUGGGUGUUAUCCCCUCUAGAUGUUAUCAGUAAAAUGUUAGAGGUUUCCUGUGCGGAACUGCUAGGCUGUCGGGCCUGGAGGGGUGAGGUCAGGACUGCACACGGAAACCAAGGGUCUUUAGCUGCCACGGUUACAGUCUGUCGAGUCCUGUUCCCCACCCGCCCACCACCCCCACCCCACAAAAAUAGUUCUCAUGGUACCCAAAAGUAUCUAGAACAUUUUUUGAUGAAUUCAUAUAAGUAGGAAAUUCCCAUCCUAUUUUGAUAUUCAGUAAAGGUGUGCUCUUCCUGAAAAUGUAUAAAAUAUAAAAAUUCAAGUGAAUUUUUAAGUAAUUUCAUGUAGUACUUCUGGAGGUUGUAUAAAAUGACUAACUAAUAAAAAAGUAGGUGGCACAAAA